UUUCGAAAGCUCGCAAGUUCAACCUUCGCAAACACACCCGUGAAAUAACAUGGUGCAUAUCGAGAAAAAGGAGAGCGAGCCCAACAUCAUUUUGGUGAAUAUUGCCAGAGUAGUCGUGGUAAGCUGUCACGUGCUUACGUAACGUAUCGAAAGCUCAUCCGUGAUAAUGAAGCGGAUUAAUAGUAGGAAUAGUCCGGUCGUUGGAAGCCAGCCGGCAAUAAGUGGAUCAUCGUCGGCCGAGCACGUGGCAUCAGCUAUUACGCGCGGCUUUGCUCGUGCUGUCGCAGAGUACAGACAAUUGUGAUCGCUCGAGGGAGUGCAGGCGGUGGACACGAGACCCGCUCCUGCGUGAACCGGUACACUCAGAGAGGCGAGAAAGUCCUUUUUUGUCCGAAGAAAAGGAGAGAGACGGUUGAAGGAUAUAGCAACAACAAUCGUCGCAAUCAUGGGACCAUUGUGAUGCGUCGGGGCGCGCGAUCAUUGGAUCCGGCGAGCUGCCAAGCGGACGUGGAAACCUGCUGCUGUAAUCGAGGGUUGGAAGCGUGGCUUCGACGUACUAUGGGAUCCAAAAACCGCAUCGGCAAUCCACUACGAUAGGAGGUUUCCCGAGAACCUCAUGCCAACAUUUUCCAUCGCCAAACUAACAUACACGCGACGCAGGGAUAUAAUGUUGCGCCUGCUGGGAGUUCGGCUGCUGUCGCGGCUCCUCGUCCUCGUCUGCUCCCUGUCGCUGCUCUCGCUGCUCUUCCUCAGCCGCUGCGGAUUCAACAACCUCGAUGCCGACCUCGUCGAUUCUUCCGGUCCAGCAACAUUGGCGAGUAACAGCUUGCUGGAGGCGAACCAGCGCGAGGAGGAGACGAGGCUGGAGGUCGAGAGGCUCACGGCGGAGAUACGCACGCUCAAGCUACAGAUCCUGCAGUUGACGGGCGGUCCACCACCGGGGCACGGGCUCCAGGACUCGUCGCCUGUGAUAAACAGCAGCGACAUCGGUGAUUGCCUGGCCGCCCGGCGCCAGGUCGACCAAGCCGAGAUAAGCCAGGGCCUGCCCCUGAACAACGAGUACGAGCUCAUACCGUUCAGUCACUUUACCCUCGCGCGUCUGUACCCCGUCGAGCUGGGCUUGGGCAAGCGGGUCGUCGAGAAGCCGAUCGGCUUCAAGCGCAAGGACUUUAACGAGGCCGUGCUCAAGGCCAUCGAGACGCUCAACAGAAACGCCACGGGACUCGCCCCUACCUCAAACACCUUGUCGCCUUCGUCCUCGAGGUACACGGAGGACGACUUUCUCGAGGGUCUGUACAGGGUGGAGCCGACCACCGGCACCCAGUACGAGAUGUACUUCAGGACGAAGAACCUCAACAAGAGCAGCGCCGUCCAAACGGGCCAGUACGGCAGCGGCAUGGGUCCCCAGAGCAGCUACACAAAGAUAACGCUGAUGCGGCCGUACGCGCCCCUUCAGUACGUGGGAACGGAGCGCCAGCAGCAGCAGCCCAACCGCGAGAAGGAGCUCGUGCACGUGAUACUGCCCCUAUCGGGGAGGACGGGCACCUUCCAGUCGUUCAUGGACAAGUUCGUCAAGAUAGCGCUGAGGAACGAUAGGAGGGUCCACUUGACGGUCGUGUACUUUGGCACGGAGGGCCUCAGCGAGGCGAGGGCCAUCAUGUCGAGGGUGCUCAUGACCCGGGGUAGCGGUGGCACCAAUCAGAAUCUCAGGCUGCUCGCCCUCAACGAGACCUUCUCGAGGGGCAAGGGGCUGAGGGUCGGCGCCGAGAGGGCCUGGAACGCGGGCGAGAAGGACGUCCUGCUGUUCAUGUGCGACGUCGACAUUGUCUUCAGCGCGAGGUUCCUCGACAGGUGUCGGUGGAACACAGCUCCGGGGCGGAAAGUGUACUACCCGAUCGUCUUCAGUCUGUACAACCCGCACGUCGUUUACACCCUGCAGGGAAGGGAAGUGCCCGCGGAAACGGAUCAGCUCGUCAUCUCGAGGGACACCGGCUUCUGGCGGGAUUUUGGUUACGGGAUGACUUGCCAGUACAGGUCCGAUUUCCUGCGGGUGCGGGGCUUCGACGAGAACAUCGUCGGCUGGGGAGGUGAGGACGUCACCCUCUACCGCAAAUACGUCAAGAGCAACAUCAAGGUCAUCCGCGCCACCGACCCGGGUAUUUUCCACAUCUGGCAUCCCAAGGUGUGCUCGGGUGGUCCCGGCCAGCGGCUGUCGGCCGACCAGUACAGAGCGUGCAUCAGGUCGCGGGCGCUGAACGAGGCGUCGCACGCCCAAUUGGGCUUCCUUGCCUUCCGCGAGGACAUAGCCAGCCAAGCGGGUGCCAAGGGCUCCUCGGCGGCGAGCAAGAAGAAGAGGCCCGCCCUCAAGCGCCCCAAACCGACCAAGCCCGCGGUGGCUCGGACCAUCAAGGGGCGCACCUGAUCGGCGCAUCUCGUCCACGUGCCUACAUGUGAA